AUUGAACUAAGCAAACCAGAAAUAAAGAGAAUUAAAGAAAACGGAGGAAGCCUAGAAUGGCUGCACCAAGGCCAGCUUGGACAUGGAAGUCACCGCCCAAAAACAAAUUUACACUUUGGUCAUUAAUCUAGGUAGCUGAUCGAUCACAUGGCUGCCUUUCUUGCAAAUCCUGCUUGUUCCUUGGCUGCCAUUUCGGCUACUGCUGGAGCCAGAGCUUCUGUUUCUGAGCAGAAGACCUUCUCUAAAACUGCAAGUCCUUUGUUUAUUGGGUUGAAGCAUAUUCCGAAAAUCCAAUUUUCCAAGACGGCUAACAGUUUUUCUACUCGGUCCAGAUGCUUCAAGACUGCAUUUUCAUGCUCUACUGCUCAACCCGAGACAUUGAAAACGGUCCAAAGCACAAUUGCAAAGCAAUUGUCGAUCGACUUGAGUACGGUCACUCCUGAAACCAAAUUUGCCGAUUUGGGUGCUGACUCCCUUGACACGGUGGAGAUAAUGAUGGCUUUGGAAGAACAAUUUGGAGUGUCAAUUGGAGAAGGUGGAGCUGAAAACGUUGCAACAGUUCAAGAUGCGGCAGACCUCAUUGAGAAAGUGAAGGCAGCUGCAACUUAGCUCAAUCAAUAGGCUACUGGGAAUUUAUAUAUGUUGUCAUUUGAGUCAUUUCAUGACAAUGAGGGCGAAGAGAGAUUUGUCGAUGUUAGCUUUUACCCUUGUUUAUUUUUUGCUCUUUCAGAAAAUUGAAGGUGGCAAGUUCCUUUUCA